AUGUGGGAAGGGCUGAUUCAGAAGGCGAAAGACGGAGGCUUGGACGUGAUCCAGACCUACGUCUUCUGGAACGGCCACGAACCAACCCCCGGAAACGUACUGCAUCCACACUUAUCAUCACCUACCAUUCAGACAUUCAGUUACAACUUCGAGGGGAGGUACGAUUUGGUCAAGUUCAUUAAGACGGCCCAGAAGGCCGGGCUGUUCGUGCAUCUCCGCAUCGGUCCCUACAUUUGCGGGGAGUGGAAUUUUGGCGGCUUUCCGGUCUGGCUCAAGUAUGUUCCGGGCAUCAGCUUCAGGACGGACAACGAGCCUUUCAAGGCGGCAAUGCAGGGGUUCACUGAGAAGAUUGUGGGGAUGAUGAAGAGCGAGGAGCUCUUUGCUUCCCAAGGUGGCCCUAUUAUCCUUUCUCAGGCAAGUAUUGAGAAUGAGUAUGGGCCAGAAGAGAAAGAGUUUGGGGCUGCUGGCAAGUCAUACAGUGACUGGGCGGCAAAGAUGGCCGUGGGAUUGGACACCGGUGUGCCGUGGGUGAUGUGCAAGCAGGAAGACGCACCAGAUCCAGUGAUAAACGCAUGCAAUGGUUUCUACUGUGAUGCAUUUACACCGAAUGCGCCUUCCAAGCCUACGAUGUGGACUGAAGCUUGGACUGGUUGGUUUACUGAAUUUGGUGGGACCAUCCGUAAACGACCAGUUGAAGAUCUUUCAUUUGCUGUUGCUCGCUUCGUGCAGAAGGGUGGUUCUUUUAUCAACUACUACAUGUAUCAUGGUGGAACAAAUUUUGGGCGCACCGCUGGGGGUCCCUUCAUUACAACAAGCUAUGAUUAUGACGCUCCACUUGAUGAAUAUGGACUUGCAAGAGAACCAAAGUAUGGACAUCUUAAAGAACUUCAUAGAGCUAUUAAGUUAUGUGAGCCGGCAUUGGUUUCUGUUGAUCCAACUGUGACUUCCCUUGGAAGUAUGCAAGAGGCCCAUGUCUACCGAUCUCCAUCUGGUUGUGCAGCUUUUCUCGCAAACUAUAAUUCUAACUCUCAUGCGAAAGUUGUCUUCGACAAUGAGCAUUACAGUCUACCACCUUGGUCAAUCAGCAUCCUUCCUGAUUGCAAAACAGUUGUUUAUAAUACUGCAACAGUUGGUGUUCAGACAUCUCAAAUGCAAAUGUGGUCCGAUGGGGCCUCUUCAAUGAUGUGGGAGAGGUAUGAUGAGGAGGUUGGUUCACUGGCAGCUGCUCCAUUGCUCACCACAACUGGUCUACUGGAACAGCUUAACGUCACAAGAGACACCAGUGAUUAUCUUUGGUACAUGACCAGUGUGGAUGUAAGCCCCUCUGAGAAGUUUCUACAAGGUGGCAAGCCUUUGUCUCUCUCUGUGCAAUCUGCUGGCCAUGCCUUGCAUAUCUUUAUCAAUGGACAGCUACAAGGUUCUGCUUCUGGAACCAGGGAAGAUAAAAGAAUCUCAUACAAGGGCAAUGUUAACCUUCGUGCCGGUACUAACAAAAUUUCACUGCUGAGUGUUGCUUGCGGGCUGCCGAAUAUCGGGGUUCAUUACGAGACAUGGAAUACUGGUGUCAAUGGUCCUGUUGUGCUUCAUGGUUUGGACGAAGGUUCGCGAGAUCUGACCUGGCAGACAUGGACCUAUCAGGUUGGUCUGAAAGGUGAACAAAUGAACCUGAACUCCUUAGAAGGUGCAAGUUCAGUUGAAUGGAUGCAAGGAUCAUUGAUAGCACAAAACCAAAUGCCAUUGGCAUGGUAUAGGGCAUACUUUGAUACUCCAAGUGGUGAUGAACCUCUGGCUCUGGAUAUGGGUAGCAUGGGUAAGGGACAAAUCUGGAUAAACGGACAAAGCAUUGGACGGUACUCAUUAGCAUAUGCAACUGGGGACUGCAAAGAUUACAGUUACACUGGGUCAUUCCGGGCAACCAAAUGUCAAGCAGGUUGCGGUCAGCCGACACAACGCUGGUAUCAUGUGCCAAAAUCCUGGUUGCAGCCAUCUAGAAAUCUGUUAGUUGUUUUCGAGGAACUUGGCGGGGAUACUUCGAAGAUUUCGCUUGUGAAGAGAUCAGUGUCAAGCGUCUGUGCUGAUGUAUCAGAGUUUCAUCCAAGUAUCAAGAACUGGCAGACUGAGAGCUCAGGGGAAGCUAAGCCUGAGUUACACAGGUCGAAGGUGCAUCUAAGAUGCGCGCCUGGGCAGUCUAUUUCUGCCAUCAAAUUUGCAAGCUUCGGGACGCCCUCUGGGACUUGCGGAAGUUUCGAGCAAGGGGAGUGCCAUUCGACCAAGUCACAGACUGUUCUUGAGAAAUGCAUUGGGAAGCAAAGGUGCGCCGUCGCCAUCUCCCCCGACAACUUCGGUGGAGACCCCUGCCCGGAUGUGAUGAAGAGGGUGGCGGUCGAGGCGAAAGAGAACAAACAUGAAUGGUGGCUCAGUCUUAAAGACAGUGGACUGGCUGCCUACUGGUCCUCGCUGAUAACCUUUGCAGAGGCCGGUGCCAGACAGCUCCAUGCCCGACAGAGCAUUAUCCUGAAAACCAUAGAGGUGGACCUAAUAAUGAAGCCGAGUUAUUGA